CCUGGUGACUCCACCCUGGGAGAUUUAGAAGGUCAUGAGACACCUUAGACACUCCCAGUCCUCAGACAUCCUCCCCUCAGCAGGUCCUGUGCUGUCAGGGUUCCUCUUUCUGUUUUCAUCCUCUUCAUCCCUGCUCCUCUUCUCUGCCGUCCAGCCUCGCCACCAUGAGUCUGAGCAGAAACAAAAGAAUCAGCUCCAGCAGCUCCGUCCGGACCAGCACUCCGUCCCGGCGGCUGAGCGGCUUCGCUCCAGGUCAGGGGGGCUUCAGCGGCGUCUCGCUGAGCAGCAGCUCUCUGUAUGCUGGUACCAACGGCCAUCAUCCCGGACUGGGGGCCUCGCUGACGUCCCUGUCUGUGAACAAGAGUCUGCUGGCCCCCCUGAACCUGGAGAUCGACCCCAACCUGUCCAUGAGUCGAGCCUUUGAGAAGGAGCAGAUCAAGAGCCUGAACAACCGCUUUGCAACCUUCAUAGACAAGGUGCGUUUUCUGGAGCAGCAGAACAAGAUGCUGGAAACCAAACUGGAGCUGCUGCAGGGUCAGGGGGUCAGCCGCUCCAACGUGGAGCCCAUGUUCGAGGCCCACAUGGCCAGCCUGAGGCGCCAGAUGGACCUGGUCAACAAUGACAAGAUCAAGCUGGACGGGGAGCUGAGGAACAUGCAGGGCCUGGUGGAGGACUACAAACACAAAUACGAGGAUGAAAUCAACAAGAGGAACAACCUGGAAAAUGACUUUGUCAUCUUGAAAAAGGAUGUAGACUCAGCCUAUUUGGUGAAGGCCGACCUCGAGGACAAAGUCGGAGCUCUGACUGAUGAGAUCAACUUCUUGCGCAACAUCUAUGAGGAGGAGCUCCGGGAGCUGCAGGCCAGCAUCAAAGACACCUCGGUGGUGGUCCAGAUGGACAACAGUCGGAGCCUCAACAUGGAGCAGAUUGUGGCCGAAGUCAAAGCCCAGUAUGAGGAGAUAGCAGCGCGCAGCAGAGAUGAGGCGGAGGCCUGGUACAAGACCAAGUUCGAUCAGAUGUCAGUGCAGGCCAGCCAGUUUGGAGACGAGCUCCGCAUGGUGAAGGCAGAGGUGGCCGAGGUCAACCGCCUGAUCAGCCGCCUGCAGAGUGAGAUAGAGGCUGUGAAAGCGCAGCGUGCCAACCUGGAGAACCAACUGGCUGAAGCGGAGGAGCGCGGAGAACUGGCUGUGAAAGAAGCCAAAGCCCGAACCCGAGACCUGGAGGAUGCUCUGCAGAGAGCCAAGCAGGACAUGGCCAGACAGCUGCGGGAGUACCAGGACCUGAUGAACCUGAAACUAGCUCUGGACAUCGAGAUCGCCACCUACAGGAAGCUCCUGGAGGGAGAAGAAGACAGACUCGGACAACAGUCCAUCCUGAACAUCCAGGCUGUCUCCAGUUACUCUCCUAAAAGUAAUGGCUACCACGGCGGCAGCAGCUCCUCUGCUCCCAAACUGCUGGUGAAGAUGACGGAGACCAGAGAUCUCUCCAGAUACAGCACACUCUGAGAGCAGACACACUCCUGAUGAGCUUUUAGUGACUAACCUUCCUUACAAUAAUCAAUGAGUUAAUUCAAGUACACAUAGAUAAAAACCGCUUGGACUUUUAAUGAAGAUUUUAUUUCACAAAAGGUUUGGUAAUGUACUAACUUUAGUUUUGCUCUGACUCUGUCAUACAUUGAAAAACAACAUUUUAGAGCUCUUUACAGUUUGAUUGCUGUGAGAUUUUAUAAAUGUAGAUUGUAGUUUUGACCAAAGAUUGUAAAAACUAUUAGAAAUGUCUCACUGUACUGAUGACUACGCAGAAAUGAACUAUUUUUAAUGACUAUUUUCCGGAAGUAAUGAGAUGUGGUCAAUGGGUUUGAAGGAUUGAUUCACACAAAUAAAGUGAAGAUUAAAGGGA